UAUGUUGAUUUAAUUCAAUUACCAAGUUUGUGUUUUUUUUUCAGUCAAACUGAUACUUUUGAUACAAAUAGAAGAAAGUAAAAAGCUAUUUUUAUAAACUGAUAAUUAAGGGAAGAACUAAGUGAGUGUGGGUUUUAAAGCAAUGGGAUUACGAUUAAACUAUUUUUUGAGGUUAGUCUGUGAAACCGAAAGGAGAGAUAGGCCUAAUCUAGUUGUUUGACUUUUAAGUAGACACGCUUCAUACAACAAUGUUGGGGCGCUUAAAAUAUUUUCAUAAGAUUCAAUUACAUCCAGUUUUAUAUAAUAAUUGUUCCAGCGGUGCAAAACAAACAACAAGUGUUAUGCCUACUAGCAAAAGACCUUUUACGGUGUUGGGAAUCGAAACUAGUUGUGAUGAUACAGGUUGUGCGAUUGUGGACGACAGAGGAUGCAUAUUAGGAGAAUCCCUUCAGUCCCAGCAAGAAAUACAUCUCGAACAUGGUGGAAUCAUCCCGCCAGUUGCCAGAGAUUUACACAAAGCUGCCAUACAAGAAGUUGUUGCAAAAGCAUUAGAUUCAGCAAACUUAAAACUUAAUGAUGUGGAUGCUAUAGCCACCACUUUAAAACCUGGUCUGUCACUAUCAUUACUGAUUGGAAUGAAGUAUGGAAAGUAUUUAUCAAAAGUUUACAAAAAACCAUUUAUUCCAAUUCAUCACAUGGAAGCACAUGCACUAACUGUGAGAAUGAUGGAAGAGGUGGAGUUCCCGUUCAUAGUGUUGUUGGUGUCGGGUGGUCACAGUCUUCUGGCUGUGGCUCAGUCUGCUACUCACUUUCAACUACUAGGGAAAAACCUGGAUGAUGCUCCUGGUGAAGUUUUUGAUAAGGCUCUAAGACAAUUGAAAAUGCGAAAUAUCACUGAAUUCCGUUCCAUGAGUGGAGGCCAGGCCGUGGAAAUGGCAGCAUCUCGUGGAAAUGCCAAGAAGUAUGAGUUUGGCAUCCCAAUGCUUCAAUACAAGAACUGUGACUUCAGUUUUUCUGGCUUAAAGAAUGCUCUCAAAAGAGUUAUAGACGCAGAAGAAAAAAAGUAUGACAUCAUCGGAGGACAAACGUUACCACAGCCAGUUCUCUAUGAUAUUUGCGCCAGUCUGCAGCAUUGUGUCGCAACUCACAUCUGCCACAGAGUGCAGCGAGCUCUGCAGUACAUUGCGCUGCGAAAACUCAUCCCUGAGGACCGACGCACUCUGGUGAUAUCAGGAGGAGUGGCUUGCAACAAGUACAUACAAAGAGCAGUCGGGAUGUUGUGUAGAGAGCUGGACUAUGAUGUUAAGGUUCCCCCACCUCAUCUGUGCACAGACAAUGGUAUAAUGAUCGCAUGGAAUGGUGUGGAGCGCUGGCGAGUUGGCCAGGGAAUCUACCAACAUGACCAGCUGGAUGCACUUGACAUUGAGGCCAAGUGUCCUCUUGGGGAGGACUUGACUCAAGAUGUUGCAGAAAGUGCAAUAAAAUGCAAAUGGGUUCAGUGGUAUGACCUACUACAAGCAGAAAGUGUCAAUAAAAAUGUUACAACCUUAUAGUCUUAAUAGCUGUGAUAAAUACAUCUCU